UAAUAUAAAAGCACACUGACUUGUCUCUGUUCAGAUGUGGAUAUCACACAGCACACCUCUGACUGUCAUCUUACUGAAGAGCAGAAAUGGCAUUAAAUGGGAAAACUGCAGUAGUGACCGGAGCAGCGCUGGGGAUAGGAAAAGCAAUAACUGAGAUACUUCUGCAAAAUGGUGCCAAGGUAACCCUUUUGGAUAUAAAUGAAACUGCAGGGAAGACUUUAGAGGAAGCCCUCAACAAACAGUAUGGAGAAAAGAGAUCUCUGUUCUUCAAGUGCAAUGUUCAGUCUGAGGAGCAGAUCAAAGUUGCCUUUCAGAGCACAGUAGACACAUUCGGAGGGAUAGACAUUGUAUGCAACAAUGCCGGCAUCUUGAAUGAGAAGCAGUGGGAGAAAACGGUCUCCGUCAAUGUGGUGGGUCUAAUCAGGGUCAGCUAUGUGGCUUUAGAGUAUAUGAACAAGUUGAAUGGAGGAAAAGGAGGGACCAUCAUUAACGUAGCAUCUGUGGCAGGCCUCACUCCAGUACCAAGUUGUCCCGUCUAUACAGCCACCAAGCAUGCCGUGAUCGGCUUUACUCGAGCCAUGGCUGCUGCCUCGUCCGCCUCAGGCUACGGUUUAUGCUUCAAUGCAGUUUGCCCAAGCAGUGUCAAAACUGACCUCUUUGCCUCCGUCAUGGACAAUUUGGGACAAUUCUCCCACCUGCUUUAUUCUACUCAAAAUCCUGCAGUCGAAAGGGCAAUGAAUCCAUCGGAGGUUGCUGAAUGUGUCUUUGAACUAGUCACAGGCGAGGCGAAGAAUGGAGAGAUCCUCAUGAAGAAACAAAGCAUGAAGAAAUAUAUGACCUUUCCCACACUUAUCUAGUGGCUCCUGGUAAAGGCAGUGAACAACCCGAGUAAUGUCUGAACCUAAAACUAUUAGAGGAAAAUGCUGCAGUUCACAGUAUUGUUUGUUUUGUUGUGUUUGUGAAAGAUAAAUCAGUAAAUCCUCAAGUGAUUAGGAGAAAGAAGCAAACAAUAAAUGAGUGAAAGCCCAGUUUCUGACUAAGAGGAAAAACGACUGUGCUUAAGACUUUUUGGAUCUUUCAUGAUGCAGAAAAUAUUUCUUAUAAAUUUAAGAAAAAUGUUAAUAAGCACUUCCAUACUAACUUGCACUGACGAAAGAAAAGUGUCUAACAUAACAACAAAAACAUGGUUUGCUCUGCUUGCUAUAGUGUGCCCUACACGUUUAAGGAAACAAAAAAAAAUCCACUAUAUUAAUUAGAAAUAUGAUUGUUACUGAAAAGAGAGCGGAACCGGCUGUUCAAACCCCCACAAGGCUGCCCGCUGGAUUCGAAGCGACGGGACGAGACGCGACCUCUCACAACGAACGUAAUAUGGUUAACACCUUGGAGACGCUUACAGCUGCUGUGAAGGCUCAAAACGACACCAUUGAGCGUAUGAGGGGAAACAUCAGAGAAAGGCCUGCUCAAAAUGAGACCCUUGAGCGACAGUUGGAAAACAUCGCGGAACGGAUCACUGCAGUUGUGAGGUCUCAGAAUCAAAAGACUGACAACACCAUGGAACUGAAGUUUGAUACCAUCAUGGGGAGGCUCGCGGCUCUCCAACGGGAGAUCGAGGGACCAGUGUCAGAGGGCUAAAUUCGAGCUGCUCACAAAGGAGAAAUCAACAAUAUUCAACAUUUGGACACCACGGCUCCAGCUGCUAGGCCCAAGGCUGGAGCCCACCAAAACAACUCCCUGAUAACGACUGUGUGAUGACUAUUCUUCCCGUCCCAUGAAGGCCACCUGGGUUGGCUGGCAGACUGUUUACUUAGCCUGAUAGAGCGAAGGACACUGUCUCCGCUGAACUAUGGACACGCACACACAUACACUUACACUGAUAGGCACUCACUCAUCCCCCCUCCCUUUCCAACGCCUUCGAUGCUUGUUUCCGGCGAGGGAACGCGGCGGGUCUGUGUGCUGCGCUGGAAUGAUAGCGCUGUGCAGGGUGGCUGCUGUGUUUCUUCGGAUUACUCCUCACCCCCCAAUCACCCACCCACCCCUGUGGCUUGUCAUGUUUUUACAAUGUUGUGCUGUGGACAUUUAUGUGCUUUUUUGUGCAAAGGAGUUUUUUUGUUUCCUGUUCUCAUGCUGUCCUACCAUGGAAGCACAGCAUGAGUAGGGGUCUCUUUUUUCCUCUUGUACUUCCCCACUGUAAUGUACAUUUCAAUGUUUUUCUCUGAUUCUACCAAUCUCCGACCUGUAUCCCCAUGUAAUGUUUGUGCUAUAUGUGUAAGGUCCCAUUUCACUGCAGGGCAACCUGCAUGUGACGAAUAAAGCUUUGAUUGAUUGAAAAAUGUUUAAAAUUAGAAAAUGAAAUGUAAAAUCCUCUGUGCUGCUUAUCGUGGGGCUAAACGUCACCUGUGAUAUGUUAAGAAAUUUACAUAACAGUUCUGUCCCACCUAACCAAAUUGGUUACUUCUGUUAAACUAUGGCUGACUGAUCAGAAAUGUGUCUUACCUGGUUUGCAGUUCUCUGUCCCAGUAAACACUAAAUUGUCCAAAUUACACAGACAACUUUCACAUAAAGUAGUUAAACAUGUUGGAAGCUGAGAACUAUCUUGACUUUAAAAGUCCUUACUUUUGAUUCUAACCACUCUUCUUCUGUCCUGUCUUUCUUACAUCUUUCUCCAUCUCAGAGUGAAGUUAUCUCACACUUGCUUGUGAAAUAUAGCAGCUGUACCUUUAGCUAACAGACACGCAGCACGACAAACUCCACAAAAGCUUUUGUGUGUUUACUGAUAGUUGGUGAGCUGAGAACAUUUCAUGUGAAAUUAUCUGCCAUUAAAUUAUCUCUUAAAUGAAA